AUGACCACAGAGAGUUUUGCAGAGUUCCUGAAUAAGCUCAAGGAAAUCCAUGAGAAAGAGGUCCAAGGUCUGCAGAGCAAGCUGGCAGAGCUGACGACGGAGAAGUGCUGUGAUGCUCAGCGAAUUGAAGAGUUGUUUGCUAAAAAUCACCAGUUAAGGGAACAACAGAAAGUCCUUAAAGAAAAUGUGAAAGUGUUAGAAAACAGGCUGCGAGCAGGUCUCUGUGACAGAUGCAUGGUCACCCAGGAGCUGGCAAAAAAGAAGCAGAAUGAGUAUGAGACUUCUCAUUUCCAGAGCCUGCAGCACAUCUUCAUCCUCACCAACGAGACGAAUCGCCUGAGGGAGGAGAACAAAAGUCUGAAGGAAGAACUGAAGAGGCUCCGGAGCCUGGAGGACAGGACAAAGCAGCCAGGAGUCACCUCCAGAGAAAGCAGCUCCACACCCAGCUCCCCCUUGGCUUUAUUGUCCCCAGGGAGCAGGAAUGCCAGCACUGAGAAAGCAGCUCUCAGGGGAGCAGAAGAAGCCCACCAUGAUGUGCUGGGACUCGAGCUGGGAGAAGAAAAGCCUGCAGGACAGAGAAGCCCUGUGAGCAGUAGGACUUCUCCAGGCACUGUCCUCCAAGAAGUCAGCCUCUCAGAAAUGGCAUCCCAGAGGAUUUCCAACCGGCUGCAUGGAACCAUUGCCCUGGUGAGACCUGGCUCCAGACCCUGCCUGAUGGAGAGAAGCCCUUCAAGAACAGCAGUGUCCCCACCAGCCAGGAAGACCCCUCUCCCACCAGAGCGUGAGCACAGCCCCAGCCUCGAGGCUUAUUUAGCAGCAAGCAAACCCGACUCCCCUAAAGUUGCUGCCUCCUAUGAAAACCUGAAGCUGACAGCCCGGAGGGAGCAGCUUUGUCUUCUCCACAAACACCUUUCCCUGCACCAGCUGGGGCUGGCCAGCAACUGUGCCUCUGCUGAGCAGGAUGGCAGCAGCUUCUCCAACCAUUUGCUGAGGGCCAAAGAUGCUGAGGGCAGGGCUCGGGCACAGGAGGGCUGGGAAGAUGGAGCAGCCCUGCUGAAGCUCCCUGCUGCCAUGGUAUACGUCAGGGAUCAGCACCUGGAGGAGAAGCUGCAGCUCCUCAAGCAGAGGGAGAGGCUCCAGCAGCUCCUGGUGCAGCAGUGCCAGCCCAGCCAGAGGGCAGGGGAACAGCCAAAACCUCUGCUUGAAGAGAGGCCCCUCUCCCCGUGGCCGAGCAUCAUGCUGGGAUGCAAGGAGGAAAGGUCCUUCCUGGAGGAUGCUGUGGAUGGGAAGGAAGAGAAAGAGCUUUGGCUGAGCAGGGAUGGCUCUGAGCUCCGGGAAAAGAGGGAGGCAGCCAGGGAUGAUGGGGCAGAUGCUCCUCUGGAUCUCUCAGACUCCAGCCGUGGCAGGGAAAUCAGCUGGCAUCCCCGCAGGGAGCCCCGAGGGGCUGGCAGCCCCAAGCUGAGCCCCAGGGAUUGCCUGGCAGCCCCCAGCCCCAGCAGAAGACCUAGGGCAGAGAGGGAUGAGUUGUCCUGCUCUAACCCCUGGCCCAACACUGCCCGGGCACUGCCCAUUGCUGUGAAGGAGGAAAAGGAGGAUGAAGCUGUGCUCACUGUCUCCCGGGCACAUCUGACAAAUAAAUCCAUGCCAAGAGACCCAGAGGCCCCUCCAGAGUCUGGGAUGAGACUGCCUGGCAGUGCACAGAAGGCAGAACCAGAUGACGACGAUGCUGAGUCUGGGAAGCAGGAAUCUGAUGAGCCAGACACGACAGACAGUGAGGCUGCCCCAUCUGAAGAUGAUCUCCUACCAGAAGCCCAGGCUGAUGGGGAAUAUUUUUGCACCAAAGACAAAGCUCCCACACUGCAGAAAAAGAGAAAAAGAGGACAAGAUCCUUGGACAAAAGGAGGGAAGAAGUCAAUGAGAGGAAGAAAGAAAGUCAAAGUGGAGCAGAGCUCAGAGGGGAUGGAGAAGGAACCAGAGAACUGCUCCCCUCCCCACAAGGACUCCUCUGAGGACAGCUAA